UACACAGUGAGUAAUUUCAAUAACACAACACAAGGAAGCUUUCAUCAUACGAGCUAGGCAUUGCACACAGGAUGCUGUAGCAUUAUCAUUUUAAUAGUAAAGGCUUAAGCAGGCUGGACAGCAAGCAGUAAAUAAAACUACUGGACUUCGUAGGCAGAUGCAAUUCUUCUUCAGGCUACACUAUAGUCUUCUGAACUUAACUUUGCAAGCUGGGUUUUACUAAUUCCAUAUUUUAUCUAAAUGUUUGAGAUUCUUCUUGACAAGAUGGGUUCAGGGAGUAGUGCUAUAUGUGAGAAAUUUCGUGGAUCAGAAAAUACUACUGCUACUCAACACUCGAGGGCGCCAAAAAUGAAAAACUUGCCAAAAAAUCCAAAUAUAGACAUGAUUGAAGAAGAUAGUUGCAAAUCCUCUGGGAAGUUAUCACAAUUCAAAGCGCCCUCAAUUAUUACCGAUGAUGGUCAGCUGGUUUUGACCAACGAUAUCGGUUCAAAUUUAAACCACAAAGAUGGAGAAUGUACAAAGAACCACCAUAAUAUGCCAUGUUCAAAUGGCUCCGUGAACAGUAAUAAGGACUUGAAAUCAAAGAAUUCAUUUAAUCCCACAAUGCAUCAGAACUCAAAUAACCGCAACGAUUCUAGUGAUAGCGAUGAUAUCCAUUCAGAGGCAUGCUCAAAUAUUCAUACCCGCAAGAUAGCAGGACUUAAGGACAUUCAAGGUUAUGAUAUACCGGUUUUUUCAAAGAGCAUGACAGAGCGUGUACACACCCCAUUAGGUCGGUGCGUAAGUGCGGACAUUUGGAACCCGUCGUCUAGUUUGGAUGUCCCUUCACAUCAUAGUUUACUGAAACAAGCUAAUUUACAAAGGCGGAUUUUCCCGUCAGUUCCAUAUUCACCGUAUGCAUCUCCUGUAGGAUCUCCGACUGCAUCACCACGUAUUAAGCGUAAACCAACAAUAGAGUCUUCAGUUAUCUCAAUUAAAGAUAAAAUGGACUAUGUACAACUCAAUCAGUACCAACUUAGGGAGGAAAUUGGCAAAGGAACUUUUGGGGUCGUUAAACUAGCAUACAACGAGGAAGACAACAAAAACUAUGCUAUGAAGAUUCUGUCCAAGAAACGCUUGAUCAGAAAAGGCGGCUUUGCUCGUCGUCCGCCACCAAGGGGAAAUAGAAAAGUUCCAAAGACACCACUAGAUAGAGUAUACCAAGAAAUCGCAAUUCUCAAGAAAUUAGAUCAUCCCAACGUUGUCAAAUUAGUUGAGGUGCUUGAUGAUCCGUCUGAAGAUGAGCUUUAUAUGGUGUUUGAGUUGGUAGAGAAAGGUGCCACCAUCACCAUGCUACUCACACCAUCAUCAUCACCACCACUGUCCUCGUCAUCACAAUCAACCUCUUUUUCGAAGUCAUAUUUACUACUUGGGGAAGACAACCAUGUGAAGAUAUCUGAUUUUGGAGUAAGUAAUAAGUUUGAAGGAAUCGAUGCAUUACUGUCGGAUACAGCUGGUACACCUGCAUUUAUGGCACCAGAGAGUCUUUCGGAAUAUUCCAAUAAGUAUGGAGGUAGAGCACUUGAUGUGUGGGCGAUGGGAAUCACACUAUUCAGCUUUGUUUAUGGCAAGGUACCAUAUACAGACAGCUUUAUUCUUGGUCUUCAUAAUAAGAUUCGAACCCAGCCCCUCUCAUUCCCAGAUAGGCCAGCAAUAUCACAAGAAUUAAUGGAUUUGAUUGAACGAAUGUUGGAGAAAGAUCCAGAGAAAAGAAUUACACUUCCAGAGAUAAAGGAACAUGAGUGGGUGACUGUGAAUGGAGAGGAACCAAUGCUCUCUGAGGUUGAGAAUUGCACUUUGAUUGAAGUGUCUCAAGAUGAGGUUGACUGUUGUGUCAAGCCAGUGCCUAAGCUAGAAACACUCAUUUUAGUGAAGAAGAUGUUAAAUAAAGGUUCUUUUCAGAAUCCUUACAAACAAGGUAGCAAAAGCAAAGAAGGAAAGGUUCUUAUUCAUCCCUUAAGUAAAAUGACAUUAUGUGAGCCUGGUGAAAGAAUGCGACAUCGAUCAGGUACUCCAUAGAAAGGACAUAUCAGGAUGAUACUGUAUUACCUGUUACUCAUGAUGAUACUCUCAACAUUAUAAGGAACAUUCUGGAAGUAGAAAACAUGUAGUAUCAUCAAAUCCUGUACUAUUAUACAUCUCUCAGUAUGGCUAUUAUACAGCCAAAUUAUAUCUUGGAAAUAUCAAUAAGCAACAUAUAUUAUUAAACUUUCAGGUGAUGUGUAUAUUACAUGGUAUUAAGAUGGUGGUAAUUGGAAAAUAACAAGUUGAAAUAAUACUUGGAUGUUUCAAUAUUCUUCAAGAGUUUAUGUGUCAGCAUUUGUGAAUGCUGUGUGUAUAUAAACAACAUUGACAUUUUACGUUAACAAAUUUUUACCUUGUCUGAUUCUUGAGAAGCGGAAUUUUUUGAAAUUUUUGUAUGACAGAGCAUGAUGUAAUUUGAUUAAGGAAUAUUUUGUAUAAAGUUGAUUAGGUUUUUCUACAACUUAAAUGAUAAUCAGGUUAAAAUACGCAUGUUUUGAGUGGUGAAGACUAGGGAUAACUUUGAAAUGUAAUGCAUGUAAAGUAGAAAUUUAGUCUAAUCGCAUGUAUUUGGCAAUUAAAAAGAUUCCCACUUGUAUUUUUACUCUUUUACUUGAAAGAUCACAUUUUAAUCAUUAUUCGUUCAUCUACUUGGAUAAUAGAAAAGAAUGAAAAAAAGUUGCAUCAUGAAAUGGGUAGUUAUGUUAAGAUGACUGUCGACAAGAAACCAGGAAUUUUACGAUUUUUUGAUUAGGCAGAAGAUGGUAAUAGGAAUCCCACAUUUAAAUAAGGCACUUCUGGGAGAUCUGGUUAAAUCAGAUUUUUUAAGACAUCUAAUUCCAUUUCGCUGCACAUAGUGAUACCCAAUGGCCCUAAAAACCUGCAAAUAUUUUGAAUUUGCGGAAGGCAGGGUAUAUUCUGGGCGACUUGGGACACCUGUGGUGAUCCACUGUAAGAAUCAGCAAGGGAGGGGACAUGAUGAUCCUUUUGUCAAAUUGUGACCCUUCCCCACUGGUAUUUCUAAUAUGGAAUGGUUUGACCCCUUGCAAGUAGGACACUAAGCUUGUAAAUCUAAGAAAAAAUCUUUUUGAAGGUUGAUAAAUGUUCGAUUUUUGAUCCACUGUUUGAGUUUUAAAAUUUGCAAUAUUAAAGUAUUUGAAGUUGUUGACUGGGCAGUAAAGCAAUAUGCAAAUAAGGUUGAAUACUGUUAUUUUUAGGUAAAUAUGACCUAUAAUCAGCAUUAUUAAUUCAUUAUUAAAAGAGGUUGUCAAUGUAACUAUUAGUAAGUUAACUACAAAUACAUAUACAGUAAUGCUAAAGCGCUUAAAAUGUGUUUAAAAUAUUUUUGGUUGAUAUUUUGUUCUAAUAUUAUUUUACCAGGUAAAAAUUUUAGUUAUUUUUUUCAUUGCCAAAAGUAGAUAUAAACUUUUAACGAUCUACAAAUCUAAAUUUAUUCUAAAAUGUUAUGUAUCUUUAAACUCGGUCAUAGGUCAUUCUGAGUAUUAUACUGUACAUAUCAAGGGUUAACAUUGUAAAUGAGCCAGUCAUUGCUACAGUUGUCUAGCAGAAUUAUCUGUCCCAAUAGCCACGUUCAUUUGGCCAACAUUGACCAAUAAAACAAUACAAAUGCAUCAACUUCAGAGACAAAAAAAAACAUGUUGAAUUUCGUAAUUUUUAAGGAUAGAAUAAACAUUUUAUAUUUAGAAGUUCCCAAUAGAAAAUUAAAAUUGAACUUAGUUUAGUGGAAUUUUGAACAUUAAUUUUUAACAUAUAUUUUUAAUGAGAAUAAUUAUAUAAGCCAAUCUAUCAUUUUUAAGGGGAGAUUAACUUUUUAUUCUAGUUUUUUUUUUUAGUAAUGGUUAAAUUUAUGUAUUGUGCUGCUGGAAUUGAAAUAUUACAAGACACCGUCUUUUACUUGGGAAUUAUAUGAUGAUUUCUAAAUUAUAGAAAAUUAUGACAAUAAUUGAAUGUGUGUAUGGUACAUGUUAUAGCUGUGGUAUAUAUUUUUCCCACAGAGCACAUAUGCAAUAAUUUAUUUGAUUUCCAUAUCAUUAAGCUUUAAUAUCACCAUUUGAAUAUCUUGAUUGAUUUUUGAUAUCAUUAACCUUUAAUGUUACCUUUUAUCUUGAUAAUUGUAUUGUUUGAAAUUUCCAUUCCAAAGACUGAGUCUUCAGCUCUGUCUACACUACCAAAUUAUCUUUGACAAAAAAAAUGUUAUAUGCCCAUAUAUAGUCAUGAUGUGCCUAUAUAUGGUCAUGAUGUGAUGUCAUCAUAACCAUAUUUAGGCAUGUCACAUGUUUUUUGUUGAAUAAAAUUUGUUAGUCUUGACAGGGCUUUAGUGUGUACUAUCAUAUUUUGAUCUGUCAGACAAUGUUUAAACUUUAAUCUGAUGAUGUAGGGCAUAGUCCACUAUCUGCUGAAGCCCUGUCCACUCUACAGUGUAUGUUGCCCAUAUAUGGGCAUGUUGAUGUAAUACCCUUAACACUGGCCGUAUUCGACUGGUCGUUCUUCGUUAAACCAUGCCCACCUGCGCAGUGGUAAAAUCCUACUUGACGAAUAAGACCAGUCUGAUAGACAAAAAUGUGAUAGUGUAUGCCUGCUUGUUAUAGGUUCUCUGUCCACAUUAAGUGUUGCCUGUGAUUUGGUCAUCCAUAUUAGGGUGUGAAAACAUGUGAUAUGAUGUUGGCUUGUACGAGUAAAUCAUAGGGAAGUUGACAGUCUGGACAAAGCAUUAAGAUAUAUAUCUACUAUUUUUCUAUGGUUCAUAUUCUCUUGUAAGCCGUUGGUAGAAUUUAGGCCAAUGGUUAAAAAUUUGUCCUUGUUUUGAUUAAAAUUAAGUAUAUAAAGACAGAAUAUGUUGCAUUAUAUUUUUCUGCUAAAGGAGGUCCUUGUCCAUUAAAUGGGCAUGUUUCGCAUGUAAAAUAUUGUAAGCUGUAUUACAAGUUUAAAAUAAAUUUUCAAGCAAUUCUAUUA